UAACCUACCCGACCCAACCAGUCCAAUUUGGUAAAGAAGGAAUAGGAAGAUCAUUCUGUCUUCGUUCAGUCUCUAGUCUCGUAGACGAUUCUUCACCGAAAUCCCCAAAAAUGGCCACUGCCGCCUCCGCUCGUGGCGUCGUUCGUACGGGGCGCCGCCUCUUCUCCUCCGUCGCCACCGGCAAAAACAACCACAAGGAAACUCACAAUUACCUGGAGGCGAAUUCUUUCUUGGGAAGCUGGGAGGCGCCGAAGAAUCCGAAAGAGGCGGAGAAGAGACUGGCGCUGUUGCGAAGACAGUAUGCGAAGCAAGUGAAGGAGGUGCGCAAGGAAUAUAUCGUGGAGAUGGAGGCCAUGCGCAUGGAGAAGCAGAGGAAGGACGAAGCUAGACAAGAGGCCAUCAGGAUCGCUAACGAGGAGCGCCGUAAGCUGAAGGCUGAGGCGGCCAAGGUUAGAGCGGAAGAGCGUAAAGUUGCUGAAGAGGAGUUCCGCCAAACCCUGUUGAAAGAGCGAGCGGAGAAGCUGGAGAAUUGGCGAAUGAAAGAAGCUAAGAGGGAAGAGAAGAAAAAGAGUGCUAAGGAGCUGUUACAGCGGAAGAGUUCGGGGUGGGUUGACGAGGACAAAUUGGAAGGCCAGAUAAUCGAAGCCCUUUCUAUGCCAUCGUCACUUUGAAUCCAAAUGUGUUACCUUUGCAAAACGAGCUAUGCACCUCUUCGUUAGCAGUAAUCAUGUUUCUCUGUUGUCAGUCAUUCCUUGUGGAUUUUGGGGAAUAGAGGGAACAAAUUAGUCGUUUGUGAUUCAUUGCAUGUUGUCAAAAAACCAGUAAUUUGUUAACGUUGAAUGGAAGUCACUGAAUUGGCCAACGCAUACGAAUAAAUGAUUGUGAAACAUAUCGAAAGUUAUAUUGGAAAAGUCAAUAAUA